AUGUCUCUGGGCAGAGCAGAAGCUCUAGCUGCCUUCAGGAGCUGGCAGGAAGCUGGCAGCCCUCUCGCCAUCAGACCCCCUGGGCACCCUAGGGUGGAACAGCAAAUGCUGGGAGCUGGGAGCACGGCAGAGCCCCGGGAGAGAAACUGCCGGCAGGGGCUGCAAGAGAAGCCGCCUGGUCCCCAUAGGAAGCCCCCCAAACCAGAUGAAGAACAUUUGCCCCCAGUGCUGAGUCUCCUGGAGAAGAGGCAAGAAGUGUUGGACGCAGAUCAGGACCUGCAGGAGCAGAAGAAGGUGUUCCAGGCCUCCAUGGACGCCUUGAAGCAGCGGUGGCAACAGCUGGCACAGAAGGAGCAGGAGCUGAAGGGCUCCUUCAUCUGCUUUGACAAGUUCUUGCAAGAAGCCGGGGCCCGGCGCAGUCGAGCUCUUCAGAGAGCAGCUGCCGAGAGGCACCGAGCAGAGUGCCAGGACGCAGAGGUGCAGGGGCUGCGGGCCCAGCUGGCAGAGCUGCAGGAGGAGCGAGCAGGACUGCAGAGCCGGCUUCAGCGCCUGGAGCCCUGUGCUCGCCUUCUGGGCCAAGUGCUGGAGCAGCUGCCCGAGUUCCAGGACGUCCCCGAGCUGGUGGCGCGCUUCGACGGCCUGGCCGACGCGCAGGCGGAGCUGCAGUUCACCCAGCGCCACCGGCUCGUCCAGCUGGAGGAGGCGCGCGCGCGGCUCCGGCGCCUCCGGGAAGCCGAGCAGGACGAGCGGCUGCGGCAGGGCCAGUGGCGGGCCGAGCUCCUGGAGCGCCUGGAGGCCGCCCGCGAGCGGACGCUGCGCUGGGUCGCGGUCACGCCCCGCCCCUUAGAGGAAUCCAAGUGGGCUCAGAUCCAGAGCACGGCCGCGGAGAAGACGCUGCUCCUGGGCCGCACCCGGAUGGCCGUGCUCAACAUGUUCCAGCUGGUGUGCCAGCAUUGGAAGCAGACGCCGGCCCUGGACGCCUGCGACACCGAGGGCCAGCUGGAACAGGUGAGGCUCUUCAUCCUGGACCUCAGCGCCAUGCUGCGUGGCCUUCACCAGGCCAAGCCCGCCACCCCCACCUCCUAGCACUGACCACGG